AAAAUGUCUGCGGAAAUGUGUUUUUCUUGUUUUUUUUUUUUAAUUUUUUUUUAAAUUUUUUUUAAUGCUAUGUGUCGUUCUCGUUCUCGCUCAACUUCUGAGCUUCCUAGGGUUAGGGUUUCAUCGAGAGCUCCCGGCUCCCGUUCCUCUCCCUCGAAUCCAAAUACGCUGACUCAAUUCUCAAAUUGUAACCCUAAAUCAUUCCUCAGAUGGUGUCGAUCCUCGCGGGCGCGGAGUUCCACCACCUCAUUCGCAUCCUCACCUCCGAUCUCCGCACGCAGCCCCUCUUCCGCGGCAUCGGCGACUUCUUCAAUCGAAUCCUUUCGCAAGGAUUUGAAUCCGAUGAUCAGCAUAGUCGAGCUAAUGAGCAAUCGAGAAAUGUGGUAGUAAGCCCCGUAAUUGAUGCCGAGGAACCUUAUCGGAUCAAUGCCGGUAGCUGGUUCUUCGAUAGGGAACUCCACCGUAGCUCUGGAGAAGACGGCGGCGAUCCACCUGCUGUUUUCAAUGUGUUGGAUUUGGUCCUCAUCGAGACGAUGGAGCGGUUGAAAAAGUUGAGGGAAAGCAUAACUAUUGUUGGAAGAUGUAAGUUGUAUGAUGGUGUCAUUAAUGUGUCGAGUUCAGAGGAUAGUUCUGAACUAGAUUCUCGUCCCAAAAGAUGUGAAUUGAUUAGGGCUUUAUGUGUAGAAGGGAAAGUUGGGGCUGCACUCCAGCUUCUUCGUGAUUUACUUGGGAAGUGUGUGUAUCCGGACCUUUUUACUUGUAAUAUCCUUGUGAAUGGGCUUUGUAAGAAUGGCGACCUGUCGACUGCCACUUGGCUUCUUAAUCUCAUGCCAAGUUUCCGUCUGUCGCCCAAUACCGUGACAUACAAUACGCUCAUUAAUGGGUAUUGCCAUUGGAGCACCGUGGAUAGAGCUCUUUGUCUUGUGUCUUCCAUGGCAGAAAGGGGAGUUAGGCCAAAUAGAGUCACUUGUAACAUACUUGUUCAUGCCCUUUGCAAUAAGGGUUUAUUGGAUGACGCCAAGAAGCUUCUGUCUGAUAUUUUAAAUGAUCACAAAGCUACAAAUUUGAUCACUUCAACAACACUCAUUGAUGGCUAUUUUAGGGCUGGGGACAUGGCACGGGCUCUUGAACAUUGGAACGAAAUGUUGACUAGGGGCAUUUGUGCUGAUCGAAUAGCUUACAACGUAAUAAUUAAUGGAUUCAGUUUGGGGCAGGACAUAAAGUACGCAUAUAGAUACAUUUCUGAGAUGUUCAAGAAAGGUUUUAUACCUGACUUAGUGACCUUUAAUACUCUUUUAUGUGGCUUGUCGAAAGAAGGGAAAAUUGAUGAGGCAUGUGAGAUCUACACCCAAAUGUCACUUGCUAGUAUUACGCCAGAUGAAAUUUCACAUAAGUUGGUAAUUCAUUGUCUUUGCCAGCAUGGCGAUGUUCUUAAAGCAGCAGAGUUCUUAAAUAACAUGUUAAUUAACUCAUCAGUCCCUAAACCUCAAAUAUGGAAUCUUGUUAUAAAUGGCUAUGCGAGGAUUGGAGAUGUUCGGAAUGCUUAUUCUGUUAAAGAUUUGAUGGUCUCAAAUGGUGUAUCUCUAAAUGUCUAUACAUACAACGCUCUUAUUCAUGCUCAAGUAAAAGGGGAGAAUUUUAUGCCUGCAUUUUUGCUUAAGCAGGAGAUGCUUGCUGAGGGGCUUUUUCCUGAUGUAGUUACGUAUAAUUUGUUGAUCACUGGUGCAUGUAGUGCCGGUUAUAUAUAUUUUGCUAGGCAAUUGCUUCGAGAAAUGCUGAAUAGGGGUUAUCAACCUGAUAUUGUCACUUUCACAGUGUUAAUUAGAGGCCUUUGCUCGAAGGGAAAAGUGUGGGAAGCCAUAGAUCUGUUUAACAAGGUGGAGAAAUCGGGAUUAGCUAUUGACCAUGUGCCAUUUCAAAUUUUCGUAACUAUGUACUCCAAGAUGGGAAAACUUUUAGAAGCAUUAGAGCUCUAUGAGAAAAUGACCAGAAAGGGUCUGUUAGGCAGCUACAGAAUGUACAAGUCAUUGUUUAAAGCGCUGAAGAAGAAUGGCUAUUACUUUGAAGCAAGUCAAGUGUAUGAUCACAUGCAUAGAUUUAUGGGGCCUAGAUGUAAAGAGAUCGGUUAACUUCAAUGAUUUGUUCACAAAGAGCCUCUUUUGAAACUGAAA